GGACAGCCCAUGCCCAAGCUCCCUGCAGGCAGCCUCACAUCUCAGGGUUCAGCAUGUCAAGAUAAUUCACUGUUGAGAGGGGAUAAACAGAACAAUGAACUUCACACUCCUUUUAUGAACAGGAGUGAGCAAAAGAAACUGCAAGAGGAAAAUCUAAGAUUAAAGUAUGAAUUAGAAGAUUUAAGAAGCCAAUAUGAGCUGCUCGUAAAGGAAGGGAAGAACGAAUGCUUUGAGGAAAGACGUGUCAGUUUUCUGAAGGCUCAAGUACUACAACUGGAAAGGCAGGUGCUGCUGCUCACAGAAGGAUUAAGUUCUCGAGCUGCUCUUAUGUUGCAGUCAAACAAUUCUUUACAAGCGCUUACUGACAAGCUUAGUUUUUUUCUCAGUGCUGAAGGAACUGCAACUGAAGUAACCAUUCCACGUCCAGAACUUCUUCAAGUAAUCGAGAUAUGUGAAGCAAUGAGACUUAAACUUCAAAGAAACCAGCAGAUUUCUGAUCUGUCAAAACUUGCAUUGCCUUGGACUAUGGGAGGGAACCUUGUUACACAGCCAGUUACCCUUUUGGAUGUCUGCUAUGGCAAAAUAGAAAAUUUAAAUCUCAGAUACGUGAGCGCUCUUGAAGGAAAACUUAGCAAGCUGCGGAGACACCUGCUUGCCAUGAGGCAAAAUCUGGGUUUUGUUCUUGCCCCAGGACAGAUGUCCUCCGAGGCAGCUCAGCACAUCCUACCAACUGCUGUUUAUGCUCGGCUGAUAAAUCAUGCAACUCAGUGUCAGCAGUCUGUGGAGGAAUGUUGCAAUGAUUUGCUCACUUUGACGCUUCUGGUACCUUCAGCACCUUGGGAAAUCCUGGAGAAUUCCUUGAGCCAGGAGUUCACUGUGGAGAAUGUGCUUGCGACGCUUCCAGCCUUCCCCAAGGGUGCCCCUCAGCAACGUGCUAAGAGGGCAGCAGAAGCCCUGGUAAAGGCUCAAAAUUAUUCCAGGCAAAUGGCAAUGCAACAGAUACUUGCUUUGCAAGCUGAACUUAACUUCCACAGAAAUUUAUAUAAUCUUCAAGUUAAGUACACCGAAGCUGUGUUUGAUGGGAUAAAGCAAGCGUACCACACAUUUCAAGAUAAUGUUGCCAUGGUUCUAUGUUCACCAUUACAAGAUGUUUUUUCUUCUUAUACAAAACUUAAAGCAGAAACUUCAGAUGCAGCUUUAAGAGACUUCCUCACUGCUUUUAGGAACAACGCAGAACAGAUCCAAUAUGCAGUUGAAACUUUGGCCCCACCAGUGAAUCAGCAGCAUGAAGGUGAUGAGGCCUUGUCAAAGUUUGGAAAAGAGUUCUUCCUGUCUUUGGAACGUUCCCUCAAAGCCUGUGGAGAGCAACGGGAUAAGGCAGCCAGUGAAAUGGAAACCUUGCAAACAGAACUUGACCAAGCCUUCGAAACUCUUCGGAAUUUAAGGGACCAAAAAGCGAAGAAAGCAGGAGCCAGUCAGCGUUUUCCAAAGCAGGAAGAUGACAGAGCAGAUGGAAUAGAAGAAAGGGGCUUGAAUGUACUUCCAAAACACAAGCCUGAGCCUGAACCAACAUCCACAUUUCCUGUAGACAGGCAUAGCCUCUUGCUAAAACAUGCUUCUGUUAUAGAGAGGGAAUCUGUCAACCCAUCUUCCAAGCAGAAAAUGGAAAGCUCUGAUGGUGUGAAUGUUCAGCAGAAGGGGAAGCUCCUACACCGGAGCAAGAGUAUGAAAAACACGGAAAGGCCACCAUGGCAAAGUUAGACAUAACUCUUUGGGCCUGACAGCCUUAGCUUUGUCAACAACUCUUAACUGCAUUAUGUGGGAGUGAAGUUGUGACUAUGUGGUGUAUCAGUGGGAUGUAAGCUUAUUUUCCUCCGGGAGUUAAUUUUAUACUCUUUAGUGGCUCCUGAGAGCCAUUUUAUACAUGUCAAAUUUCAUUCACUAGAACUGUUUCCUGUUUAGAAAAUGGAAAACAUUUGGCCUGUUGAAGCAACUUCCACAUAAUGUUAAAAGACGUGCGAACAUGCUGAAAAAUCACAUAUCUCUGAAGAGAUAGAAUGUCAAAGCUGGAAUGUGUGCAUAGAUAGAAGAUGAAUGCCAUUGUGUGCAUCACAACUCUAAAAUUAAUUCUGCACCUCUUCUGGCACUUUUUGCAGUGCUUUAUAACCUAAGAAGUGUACUUAUCCCUGACUGUCAUUGGGUCAGGGCUUUAUAUGUAUGCAAGACAGUGUAAGCUAGAUAAUGGCUUUGAAGGUAAUCGAAUGCACAUCAAUACCCCUCUUUUUCCCUCACUUUCCUACUUGUGGUGCAGGCACAUAGGGGCUUCAUUGCAGAUUGAUUCCACACCAAUCUAUGUAACAGAUGGAGAAUAGCUCUGGGACUUCCAUGAGCUAAAUCAUCAGGACAUAUGGUUUUCAGGUGUCAGUGCAGAGGGUGUCUUAGGGAAAGACAUUUACUGGUUUUUUAUUUUUGGUGGUUCCCUAUUAUUGCUGAAGCAAUAACCCAGGUAGUUGCUAAGCAGAUGUACCCCAAGCAUCCACUGGAAUUUAAUGGAAGAGACUUUGAACCAUCACGAUUUUACGUUGUCCUU